UACAAAAUCACAUCAACAAAAUCAUUAUGGAUUCGCAUUCAUCAAAUGGUACUAUUAUUUUCUCUACUGUUGGUAGAACCAAUUACGGUUUCGAUAUUUUCUCUAUCGAAUCGCCGUUUUCUUUCCUCGAUUCUCCUACAGAGCGCCGUCUUACAGACGGUGCAUCUGUUAACUUCAACGGUCAAUUCAUUGACGAAGACCAGACACUGGUCUUCGUCUCUGAGAGAUUAGGUGCUCCGCGCAUUUACUUGAGGUGGGACCAUCCCUCCACACAUGUAGUGAUCAAACUACUUCCUACUUCUGUUAAUAGCGUAUUUCUUGACCGUCCAUUCAUUCAAAAUAAACGUCUCUUUUAUAUCUCCUCUCAUCAGACACCCUCGAAAAUUUUCACCAGCUCGUCCGCUCUUUACUCCAGUGCUGUCGAGGGUGGCAAUGAGGAUGGUAAUGAGAUAAUCCGCUUGACGCUGGAUGGCUACGUUGAUUACAGUCCAGCGAUUUCACGGUCUGGAUGCUUGAUAGCUGUUGCAUCUUAUGGAGAACGUCGUUGGCCUAGUGAUGAGUUCAAUCACCUGACUACUGACAUUGUUGUUUUCCCUGAAUCAGAACCUGAUAAGCGAACAGUCGUGUGUCAACGCGGUGGCUGGCCAACAUGGUCCGGUGAUUCGACUAUCUACUUUCACCGAAAAGAUGAAGAUGGUUGGUGGAGCAUUUUUCGAGUUGAGUUGCCAGAGGACUUAACCAACUCGCGUGCUGGUUUUGGUUUGGUUCGUGUCACUCCGCCUGGAUUACACUGCUUUACUCCUGCAGCCUCACACGGUUCCAAAUCAAUGAUUGCUGUUGCUACACGAAGACCAGGGAAGAGCUAUCGGCACAUUGAGAUCUUCGAUGUGGAGUUACAAAAGUUCUAUCCAGUAACCGAGUUGAUCAACCCGACUACCCAUCAUUAUAAUCCGUUCUUCUCUCCUGAGUCUACAUACCUCGGUUAUCAUAGAUACCGAGGCGAAUCACCAUCAUCAGGAGAAACAAUAAUUCCUUACUUGGACCCUGUAGUUUCACCUGAAAAAGGAUUGACAAUGCUGAGACUAAAUGGAUACUUCCCUUCCUUCUCUCCCUCGGGUGACUUUGUCGCGUUCAACCCUGGAUUCACAGGGCUCAACAUCGUCAAAUAUGAUGGUUCUAAGAAGUGGACAUUGAUCAAAGAUCGUACAGCCUUCUGUAACUCCUGGUCUCCAUCUGAAAGCGGCGUGAUCUUUACAUCAAUAGGACCUAUAUUCGAAUCUGUAAGAACAACAGUCCAAAUCGCGCGAGUUUCAUUCAACUCAGCAAGGCUAAAUCGCGAUGAUGGUGUGGAAAUUCCAGUAGAAAUAAAAGUUCUCACAGAGGAGAAGACUGGAAACAACGCAUUCCCAUCUUGCUCGCCAGAUGGGAAGCACGUGGUAUUCCGGUCAGGUCGCUCAGGGCAUAAGAAUCUGUAUAUUGUUGAUGCAGUCAAUGGAGAGCUAGAGCGGGGAGAAAUCCUUCGAUUAACUGAGGGGCCAUGGAUUGAUACAAUGCCAAGCUGGUCACCUGAUGGAAAACUGAUUGCAUUUUCUUCCAACAGGCAUAAUCCGGAUAACAUCAAUUGCUUCAGCAUUUACGUUAUUCAUCCGGAUGGAACAGGGCUACGGAGGAUCCACGUAGCAGGGCCGGAGAGUUCUGAUGAUGUGAAUAUGGAGAGACUAAAUCACGUAUGCUUUAGUAACAACAGCGAAUGGCUCUUGUUCACGGGCAAUUUGAGCGGAGUGACAGCAGAACCAGUGUCAUUGCCUAACCAGUUCCAGCCUUACGGUGACUUGUACUUGGUGAAGUUGGAUGGGAGUGGAUUGCGACGACUGACAUGUAACGGAUAUGAGAAUGGAACUCCGGCGUGGCACCCUUUGGUUAUGCCUAUGACAACCAGGGGGGACACAGAACAGAGCGUGCUAGUAGGAGAUAAGUUAAGAGGUGAAUUCGACGAUGUACUAUGGAUGAAUUGUUGACCACAACAAAAUACGUGGAGUCUGAAUAGGGUGGUGCGUACGCAACCUUACCUCUACCACAUAGAUACAGAUAAGAGUUUAGUAUAGUUGUCUCCUAUAUAGUUCGUGAGUUCAGAUAUCAUGUAGCACUUGUUUGUAUGGGUUGUAUGAUGGAAUAAACAUUUAUGGA